AUGGAUCCGCUCACUGCAGUAGGCCUAGCAAGCAAUAUCAUCUCCUUCGUCGAUUUUACAACCCAGGUGAUUUCACGAUGCGAGGAACUCUAUCGGUCCGCUUCAGGGGCUACGGCGGAAAACCUAGAGCUAGAAGAUCUCGCCACAAAUAUUCGUCGAUUGGCUGAGGAAACGCAAUCCACGAAGGAGGAUGAGAUACUCAAGAGCCUGAGUUCACAGUGUAUCAGUGUAUCUGAUGAGCUUAUCGCGCUUCUCAACUCGGUGAAGGUCAAGAGCGACCGGCGUGGAUGGGCUAGCAUCCACCAAGCGCUCAAAUCGGUAUGGAAGCAGAGCGAUAUUGAUGAUCUCCAGCAGAGAUUGAACCAAAUUCAAGCACAGCUUUACAAUCGUUUGAUUACUCACCAACAGCGAGAGAUCGACUAUAAGCUAGAACGUCUUAUUGACGAGAAUGAGCGCCUGGAUAUGAAUCGGACCAAGGAGCUGGAAACGCUGAGAAAUCAGAUCACAUCCGCCAUACACGACAUCAUCAGUGAUGUCCGGCAGGAGGGCCAGAAGACGCGAGCCUGGUCGGCGUUGUACGCUGGCGCACAGAAAGGGAAAGCGUACUCAACUGAGCAGCUCCUGCUGAACAGCCUUGUCUUCCGGCUGAUCGACUAUCGGUAUCAAGCUAUUUCGAAAGAACAUGCAAGAACAUUUGCCUGGGUCUUCGAGCAAGACACGGAACUGGAUAGCACACUCCCACCUGUGAACUUCGUGGAUUGGCUCCGACAUGAUAACGGGCUAUAUUGGAUUUCGGGGAAGCCGGGCUCUGGAAAAUCGACCCUCAUGAAAUUCCUGGCAAGACAUGAGCAAACUCAAGAACACCUUAGCACAUGGUCUGGAGGCAACAAACUUGUCCUAGCAAGUUUUUACUUCUGGAGCGCUGCCAAAAACACCCUGCAAAAGUCACAGACCGGCCUACUCCGGUCAAUUCUCUACCAGAUUUUACGUCAAUGUCCAGAAUUGAUACGAGUCGCUUUUCCCGACCAGUGGAACCAGUCAAUUUCCAGCGUUACGGGCUUAGCCGAGACACCCUUCAGCAGCCCAGAGCUGCUCGAAGCAUUUGACAAGGUCACCACAGCCCUAGCAACCUACAAAAUCCGAUUCUGCUUCUUCAUAGACGGGCUAGACGAGUAUGAGGGCCGACCGGCAGACAUUAUUCAGCUAGUCGAAUAUUUGGAAUCCUCACCCAACAUCAAAGCUUGUGUUUCCAGUCGUCCAUGGAACGAAUUCGAAUCCAGUUUUGGUAAACACAACCAGUGGAAACUGUACAUUCACGACUUAACGCGGGAAGAUAUCCGUAUAUACGUUGAAGAUAGACUUGGGAAACAUGAACGAUUCCGAGAGCUCCAAACAUCUGACGAUAACUGCCCCAAUUUUGUGAAAUCAGUUGUCGACGCAGCUCAGGGUGUCUUCCUCUGGGUAUUUCUGGUGGUGAACUCGCUUCUGGAUGGCCUCACCAACGCUGACACAGUCUCCCAUCUACAAGAACGAUUACUCGAAUUCCCCCAGAGUCUGGAUGAGUACUUCCAGAAAGCCCUGAUGACUGUCGAGGAACGGUACCGCCCGCAAAUGGCUCGGGCCCUCGCUGUCACUCUGGAAGCCGAUGAGAUUCUCCCUCUGAUGUGCUACUGGUUUCUGGACCAAGACGUCCCUGACUAUGCGCUUAAUCUAGAGGUCAAACCGCUGAACCUGGAGAUGGUAAGCGCACAGAUGGAGCUCACGCGGACUCGACUGAACGCGUACUGCAAAGGGCUCCUCGAGGUACCAUAUCCCACAGAAAACAAAAUUAUCGAAUUGAAAUCGCCCAUGUCUCUCUUCGGCUUCCACGUAGAUUUCCUUCACAGAACCGUGCGAGACUUCCUCUGGACGCCGGGGAUGCAAGAUUUGCUCCGUACAUGGCUGCCACAUGAUUUUAACCUUGAUCUCGACAUCUGCAAAGCCAUUUCAGCUUUGAUCAAGGUAUCUAUACGCAACGGUAUAGAACCGUUUCAUUCGGCCUCUGUUGCGAAGAUCUUUAAAAUCCUCUUCCGUCACAUAGCGAGAUUGGAAGGCGAUACAGACUGCGAAUACUCCCAAUUCGCGCUGCUAAACGAUUUGGCAACAGCUCUCCAGGUCCAUAUUGAGGAUCGGGAUCGGGAUCGAGAAAAGGAUCGGACCCAUAACACGGACAAUGACUAUACUGUCCUCUCACGUCCCGGGCCUCUGGGACAUCUAAAGCCGUUGAACGGAGAACUAACAAUACUCAGCCAGUCGGUCCAAGCAGGCCUUGCUCGCUAUACUGAGCAUAAACUAAAGGAGAACCCAUAUCAGCUCCUGAAGUAUUCUGAGUUCCUUCUGGAGGCAGCACUAUUUCCCGCACAGGAUCAUGAGCCCGAUAGCCUUAGUGCCCCGGAUACCGCGAUGCUCCAGCUACUUCUACGAAAAGGCGCUAACCCUAAUAGCCCAGCAGCCAGCUCCCCCUGGGAAAGCUAUCUAAUGCGUUUGAAACAGUGCGAAGAAGAUGGUUUAAUGUCUAAGGAUGAUAUCAACAAUCACUACUCAGCUGUCCUGAUGCUCUUAGAAUAUGGGGCUGAUCCCGACACUCAGUGUUCAAAUCAGUGGACGGCGGUCAUGGUGCUGCAGGAACUGUUCUCUCCGGCGCAAUACGCCUGCCUACAAAGGGUGAUUGAAGAUAGACAGCUAAAUGAGAGAAAUGGGAAAUUUCAUAGUGGGAAUCAGAAAGGUAGUAGGAAGCAGCAUGCGAAGCCUAAGGAGACGGGGAAACUCCACGUGGUUCGAUCAUUUCUUCGGGAAUUGAGCCCUUUCCGUUCACGACGAAAGUCAUCAGUUAACGGAUGA